AUGUCUACCUUCAACGGCUUGUUGGCCGAGUUUCCCGACAUCAGAGUCGACUUCUUCCGCAACCACGCAAACCGCAGGCCUCCGUUGGCUUGUUUCUUGAGCCAUGUCCAUACCGAUCACCUUGCUGGUCUCGACACCUUGCGAUCACCAUUCGUUUAUUGCUCUGCCGCCACCAGGGAGAUACUGCUCCGCCUAGAGACCGUAGCUCGUCGCAUCAACUAUGCCCAAGGCAUCCUGGAGGCUCGACAACUGUCCUACAAGCACCUCCGGAACCUGUUGAAACCACUCCCCCUUGACACCCCGGUCGAACUCGAACUUGAGCCAGGGAACCAUAUUCAAGUCACCCUGCUGGACGCCAAUCAUUGCCCUGGCGCUGUCAUGUUUCUGUUCGAGGGACAAGGGAAGGCUGCCCUCUAUACCGGGGAUAUUCGAAGCGAGCCAUGGCAUGUCAACGCCAUUGCAAGGUCACCCUCCAUGGUUCAGUAUGCAUACGGGCUGAAGACACUCGAUACCAUCUACCUCGAUACAUCUUUUGUUGAGGAUAUCGAGUUUCCCACCAAAGCUCGGGGCAUCAGUGAGCUGCUAGACAAGGUCUCCAAGUAUCCUCCCAAGACUAUCUUCCACUUUCAGGCCUGGACAUAUGGGUACGAAGAUGUGUGGAUUGCCCUGUCUAAAGCACUGCAGUCAAGAGUCCACGUUGACGAAUACAAGAUGGGCAUUUACCAGUCCCUUCUUGCCAAGGAUCCAGGCAACAGACGUGGCUUCGGUGCCUUGCAUCAUCUGUCUCCCGAGGCUCCGGCACUUGUGGGGUUUAUGCGCGGUAACUCGUAUCACCCGGGCUGUCUCACAUUGGAUGAAAAUGUGCGUCUCCACAGCUGUGAGAAGGGCAACUACUGCAAGACAGUUCGAGAAAACCCGAUAGUCCAGAUACAUCCCGUCCUUACCCACCUUCACAACGGCGAAGACCUUCCAGAACUUGGUAUUGGUGGAGGAGGCGAUGAUCUUGAGCACGACGAGGAGCAAGAACACUUGUCCGAGGUACAAGUUCAGAUGGUUACAAAGUUUAUCCGCUGGCUUGAAAAGUCGGCUGAGAAAGUCGAACUUCUACCUCUCGAGUCUUUUGCAAGCGGUUCGAAAAUUGAGAUAGGCUUGGAACUGCUCACAUCCGGCGCAGAUAACAAAAGUGCACUCAUCAAUUUCCUGCGAGACCUGAUCAUGAAGUCCAAGUCCCAGAUAGCUUUGGAGAGGUCCAUGCUGGCUGCUCACAACGCAGCUGAAGGAAGUUUGCCUAGCCUCAUCACCUUUCCCUAUUCGCGCCACUCGUCGUAUGCCGAGCUUUGUCAUCUGGUCGGCACUUUCAAACCAAAAGACGUAUGGCCCAACACUGUGAAUCCGCGCGAGUGGCUCGAACAAGGUAUUACCAUUGAACACUUGUUCGGAGAGCACUGUUCCGGUAAUUCAUUUCGACACGACAAACUGAUGGAAGAGAUGUUUGGAAUGAGAGAACAACCUAUCCGUAUCAGUGACGACAGCCAGUCCACCACUAGUCAUCCGGCAAGCUCAUGCCAUACCCCUUCGUCGCCAACCCCACAGGUCGUUGACAACUGGGAUGGCACAACCAUUGCUCCUAAUCUGAACUUGGAGAGCAGCUUCUCCCAGAUUUCGGUCCAGUCUGAGGCUUUCUUUGACAUGCGCACUCAUGCCUUCCACCUGAUGCUUGACAACGCUAUCAAUAACGCCGGCCACGAUAUCGGUCUUAUAUCCACCAGAGACCACCACACAAACAAGGAGGUCGAACUAGGCGAAACAUGA